GCGGCGGGGCCUUGGCCCCGAGUGGGCGCGGGGAGGCGGGCGGAGGACAUGUUGUCUCCGCGGCGGAAAGGGCGCUGCGGUCGCUCCCCACCAGCCCCCGAGAAGAGCCAGCGAGCCCCGGCGGCCCGGGAGCCCGGCGGCGGCCACGCCAUGGAGGAGAGCAGCGGUUUUCGGCUGUCGGCCGAGUGCCUGGAUGAGCCGCCCAACAGCCGCGUCUUCGUGGUGCUGGGUAAGGACACCGGGGAGGCGCUGAUCCGGGAGCGCUUCUCCCCCUUCGGGGACAUCCAGAACAUCUGGCUCUUGCGGGACAAGCGCACCAACGAGUCCCGCGGCAUCGCCUUCAUCAAGUUCGCCCGCAGCUCGCAGGCCUGCCGGGCCAUGGAGGAGAUGCACGGCCGCAGCCUGAUCCCUGACACCAAGCCCAUCAAGGUAUUUAUUGCACAGUCAAGAGCUUCUGGAAGCCACCGAGAUGUUGAAGAUGAGGAGCUUACACGUAUCUUUGUUAUGAUACCAAAGUCCUAUACAGAGGAAGAUCUGAGAGAGAAGUUUAAGAUGUAUGGAGACAUUGAAUAUUGCAGCAUUAUUAAAAACAAGACUACUGGAGAAAGUAAAGGUUUGGGCUACGUGAGGUAUUUAAAACCAUCACAAGCUGCCCGAGCAAUUGAAGAGUGUGAUAGAAGCUACCGGGCCAUUUUGGCUGAACCUAAAAAUAAGUCAUCAGAGUCUUUUGAACAUGAAUACUAUAGUAAUAACACAAGACAAGAACCAAGAGGAAAUGCAUUUCCAUUUUGUGGGCACCCAGAGUUUUGUAGUUUUGAAAAAAAUGAGAGCCGAAUUCAGGAGUCAGUCUCCAAACGUCUGUCAGUGGUAUCACGGCUUCCUUUCGUCCAAGAGCAGCUGUUUGCCCUCUUUGAUCUAGUCCCAGGACUAGAGUAUUGUGAUGUUCAGCGAGAUCCUCAUACUAAUAAUGGGUAUGCUGUGAUUCAGUACAGUACUGCUGCAUCAGCUAUAUAUGCCAAGUAUAAACUACAUGGUUUUGAGUAUCCUCCUGGAAACAGAUUAACUGUCAUUUUUCUAGAAGAUGGGAACGAUAGUUCAGACCUCAUCAGAAAAAUGGCAACACAACUGGUAACAGCACACGUGUCCUCAGUGUUGCGGAAUAACAAUCCAAUUGUUCAGCAGUAUAGGACACCUCCUCAGGCUUUUGGAGGAACCUCUGGAUCACAAUUACUUCAACCCCAAACUGAUGCCAUACUUCCACCACACAAAAAAAAAGUUCCACCUGACACUUCUGUAAAAGAAAGGCUUUUCAUACUUUUUCAUCCCCAUCCUUUACCUGUGAAUGUAUUGGAGGAUGUUUUCUGUCGUUUUGGACACUUGAUAAAAGUUUACCUUGUGGCUGGAAAAAAUGUAGGCUAUGCAAAAUUUGCAGACAGAGCAAGUGCCAGUGAUGCCAUAACUGCGUUACACGGCAAGAUUGUGAAUGGUGUCAGGCUUAAAGUAAGGUUGGCAGACUCGCCUACGGAGGAAUCUAACAAACGUCAAAGAACUUACUAAGUAGGAUCCGGAGUUCUAAUGUGACCCUGAAGUUGCCUGUUUGUUUAGGCGAUGUUAACAUUCCCUGGGAGUGUCAGUGCUCUGAAAAACCUGAAGUGACGGGUGUCUGAGUUUGCCCAUCCAAGAUGUGAAAGAAGAAUCAACUGAAUGACUUGAACAGCUACUCAGGAGAGUGUUAGUUAGAUGUACUGGUCUUCCCCAGCUAAAUGCUAGUUUGUGUAAAUACGUUUUGUUGCUUUAAACUCACACAGCAAUUCUGGUUGGAUGUGGUGUUCAUAAUACCACUUAAAUUGUACUAUAGCACUACAGCUAAGUAGCUGUCACACUGCUUUUCCAGGUCUUUUCAUCAGUAAGUGCUAACUCUGUCUGCUCCGGGGGGGCGGAGCAUUAGGUUCCUGUACUGGGGGAGAAAAAAAAUCUUCAUCCGUAUUGCUGUUGUUGGUGGCUAGUGAACUGGCAAGAACUGCACAGAUUACUCUGUGUGCGCGUGUGCUCUUUUGUAGUAAUAGCACUUUAAUGGUUGUAAGUAGAAUUUCGUAUGCUUAUCUGUAAGUGAUUUGGAUUUCAGCUGUGUUCAUCAGCUGUAGUUUCUGUUGGCAUUGAACAGGGCUUUUGAACCUUCUGAAAAUGAGAUAGUACAGACUUCAUAAAUUAUGCUAAAUGAGGUCCCAUAGAAAUUAUUUUAUCUAUUUAGUGAAUCAUAUCCGCAUGGUCAGCAGAACAGCCUUUUGUUAGUGUAACUGUAGAAAGAUACUAAUUUGCUUAUGUUGCCUGAAUGUCUACAUUAAAGUAUUUCUGAUCGUUAAGUGAAACGAGGCCAUUCUCAAGAGGGCUGUGUAUCCAGAAUGUGAUCUGCAAGUCUGAUUGCAAUUAGCUUCCCGCACUGGGUCUUGUGGCUCCUAGUUGAGACCUUUUCCUUUGGUGGUACAAGCUGCUACUGGAGUACCUGAAGUGGGGGCAGAGCCCAGGCUUGUAAUGCACAGUGGAAUUCAGUUUCCCUUGCAUGCUUCCUCUCUCUUCUUGUUAAUAGUCCAUUUUCUGACCCAAGGUAUUUCAUCUUAUGUCUGCUCAGUUUACAGAGAUAUCUAAUGUCUGCAAUGCCAGGCACCUCCACUCUUCUGAUUCUUAUAUCAAUACAUAAGAGACAGGAGGAAUAACCAUAUAGAAGUGGAAGCAGUUGAAGGUGAAAACAGCAUGUGAUUAUGUGCAGAGGUCCAGUUCAGGAAUGCAUUUCAUGUUCUCAGCAUACCAUUUUUGUAAACUUUCUAUAUUUAUUAAACAUAUUUGACAAAGA